AUGUCCGUCAAGCGAAAGAAUCCGUAUGAGGAUGAGGGGCAGCUCAAGAGUGGGGAGAGUGGGGACUUGCACUGGAUUCCAGCUGGCCGACAAUUUCGCUUUGAAGACUUGGUUUUUUGGCAGGGCAAAGAAAGCGGAAAGAAGUUUCAGGAUGUGGCCGAGCACAUCGACACGGUGGUUUUGGGCCCUCAUGCCUCAGCAGCCUUCCCCGAGGAGUUGAAGCCCUUCAUUUCGACCUCUCUGAGUCGACGGAAGCAGUAUGACUUCUCAGAUGUUAUCACUGGCCCGGUGGGUCGAGCCUGGGCGGCUGCUGACAGUAAGGUGGUUUUUGUGGAGAACCCUCACUCGCGCGUGGUGGUCGACCCAAACAGAGAGCAUGGCAUCGAGCCGGAGGCACCUCUGCGCCAGUGCUUCGCCCGGCUUCGGCAAGACAGAGGCGCCUCACUGGCGGGGGUGGACCAGGUGAGGCCCGUGACUUUCUCAGGGGAGGACGUGCUACUUGAACCGACAGAGGCAGAUUGGCCAAAGCUCACAGCGGCGUUGAAGACCUCGGCGGCUCAGGGGCCCUUGGCUUACGAAGCAGCUCGGGAUCAGGUCAUGGAGCUGGUGCGCGCCGCUCGGGUGGGGAGGCCCUUGACUGUCAUUGGUUUUCAUGACACGAACAACUGGAAAAUGAGAGCAGAUGGGGCUCUUGUUGUUGAGAGGCCAGAGAAGGACCGAAUGCCUCCGUUCUGCAACUUCGGCAACCAAGGAGAUGUCGUAGGCGAUGCCAUAGAAGGCACAACGCCGUUGAUGCCAGGUCCUGAUCUUCGCUGCAUCGCAAGAGCUUGGGCGGAAGCUUUCGAUCAGGCCGGAGAGCAAGAUUUCAUGAAGCCGAAAGGCUUCGCAUACAUGGAGCCGGUCUCCUUCAAUCGGCCCUACCCUGGAGGCCACGAGGUCCGAGACUGGGCAAAGCGUUUGCCCAGUUGCAAGGCGAAUCGGAACGCCGUAUUUCAGGUUGAGUUUGCCCGUUCCUUCCUCUUAGGCCCCAAGGCUGCGCAGGAGCUCAGAGAGCCUGGCACAUCCUGGCCUGCGGUAGACGAAGCACAUGUUGCGUGGAUCGCCAACAAGCUGAAGGAGGCUGGGGACAAGCUGCGUGCAGCUGGAUGUCCCUCGUGA